CCUUGGAUGUGGCAGAGGAGGCAGUGGGAGACCACCCCCGAGGGGAGACUGAAGGCGGGGCGCGGCGGGGAGGGGCGAGGAGGGAUGUGACUGCUGUCUGCCAGGAGCUCCAGGCAUCGAGUCCACUUGCCCGCCAGCUCGUGCUGCGGUCGGUCCGCGGGUCCCGCGCCGGCCCGGGCCCAUGGCGGCGUCGGGGGCUCUGUCUGCGGCGGCGGCAGCAGCGGCCCUGUCGGGCGUGGCAGUGCGGCUAGCGCGCUCAGCCGCGAUCCGCGGCUCGUAUGGCGCCUUUUGCAAGGGGCUCACGCGCACGUUGAUCACCUUCUUCGACCUGGCCUGGCGUCUGCGCAUGAACUUCCCCUA